GCGGCGCGGCGCAGCCUAUAAGCCUCGGCGCACUCGCUCUCCUGGCGCUGGCGCUACCUGAGACCAUGGUGACAGUGCCUGGUGGCCGGGUCAUGCAAGGGCUGCGGCUCCUCCGCUCGGCACUGAAAUCCUGGACCUACGUUCCCGCGGCCGGGAUAGCGGCUGCGUUCGGUACCUCAGUAAUCUCUGCCAAAGUGGCUGUGAAUGGUGUCCACCUGCAUUACCAGCAGACCGGAGAGGGCGAGCAUGCAGUCCUGCUGCUUCCUGGAAUGUUGGGAAGUGGAGAGACUGAUUUUCAACCUCAGAUUAAGAACUUAAAUAAGAAGCUCUUCACAGUGGUUGCCUUCGAUCCUCGAGGAUAUGGACAUUCCAGACCACCAGAUCGAGAUUUUCCAGUGGAUUUUUUUGAAAGGGAUGCAAAAGACGCUGUUGAUUUGAUGAAGACGCUGAAGUUUAAGAAGGUCUCUUUGCUGGGGUGGAGUGAUGGUGGUAUAACAGCACUCAUUGCAGCUGCAAAACAUCCAUCUUACAUCCACAAGAUGGUGAUUUGGGGAGCCAACGCCUAUGUGACUGAGGAAGACGAAGUGAUUUAUCAGAGUAUCCGUGAUGUUUCUAAAUGGAGUGAGAAAAUAAGAAAGCCUCUAGAAACCCUAUAUGGGUAUGACUACCUUGCAAAAACCUGUGAAAAGUGGGUGGAUGGCAUAAACCAGUUUAAACAUCUUCCAGAUGGUAAUAUCUGCCGGCACUUGCUGCCUCUGGUUCAGUGCCCCACCUUAAUUGUGCAUGGUGAAAAAGAUCAGUUGGUCCCACGUUUUCAUGCCGACUUCAUACAUGAACACGUGAAAGGGUCACGGUUGCAUCUGAUGCCAGGAGGUAAGCACAACCUGCAUAUACGUUUUGCGAAUGAAUUCAACAAAUUAGCAGAAGAUUUCUUACAAUGAAAAUGUCCUGAGAACAUGUCACCUGGCAAUUCUUUAGUGUGGGGGCUUAGGCUUGUUGCUGCCUUUGAAACCCACCCCCGAGUGACACCUCAGUUAACCUAUCUUGCAAACUUUCUACUCUCACCUACAGCUGCUGCUAGUCCAAUAUAAAUAAUGAUACUUAAAACAUCCUCUAGCUUUAAGCACUAAAGAAAUUAAAUCAUAUUUUUUAAGUUGUGAAUUUCUACCAUUGUCUUAAAAAAACUUCCUAUCGUGAAUUACUUUCAAAUAAAUCUUAAAUGAAGCA